UUGUGCAUCGAUGUCGAUAUUUUUUCACGCCUCCAGGAGUCACUCGGAUAUAUAUCCCCUGUACACUGACCUAGUCUACCUACCAUCUGGCCCAUCAACAAGAUCCUAUGUAGCAACAAAAUGAAGUGGCCAACAACCCUCUCAACACUCCUCACCAUACUUCUAACCUACUGGCCUCCUCCCACCGCUCGCGCCAUGCCCACGUAUUCCCACUCCGACAAGACCGACGAUACCCUGCAAGCGAGAACUCUCGGCGGCAUCCUCAUCUGCAACGGCCCCAACGCCUCGCAAGCAUGUGCCUAUAACGUCUACGAAAUGGAGACUUGUUACAACCUGCCGGAACAGUUCUUUCGGAAUGCGAGCACGUUUGCGCUGGAUGAGGGGGGUUGGUAUUGUUAUCCUUAUAUCAUGUCUUGCGGAGAAAUCUGCACCUCACCCGAAGGCUGUACUCUCGGCGGCGUGUCGUCCCAGUACGAGCACAAGUUCAACCUCAGCGCGGUGGGAUGGGACCAUUAUAUCUCUUCGUUUGAGUGUCACUUGGGCGUUGCUCCGUCUGUACCGUAGUUGUCCACCCCAUGCAUGGGUAGAGCCCGGACUUGGGUGAUGAGGUUCCAUAACUGGCACGAAGGAAAUGGGAAGAAAUUGAUGAUUGACAAUUGUUGAACAUCCCUUUGGCGAGUCGAGCAGUGGUGUGGUGGAAGAUGUGUGGUAUUCUCGCCAAAGGAAACAAGAUACCACCCAACAGGUAUUUGUGAAUCGUGAUUUCGAGACGUACAUUUGUUUCCGCCAUCUUCUCGGCCUAUCAACCACCGCUCCCAUGGAGAGCUGUUCUUUGCUGUUUCACAUAUCGAAUACACACCGGACAUAGCAAAUGUUCGAAAACCGAAAGAGGCAGGACUGUUGUGAA